AUGGCUCAAAUAGAUGAACUCACCAGGGGGAACGCUGCCAACACAAUAAACUACGGCUCUCAGAUCGGAGCUUGCUUCGUAAUGCUCCUUGUCGUUCUCACCAUGACUCCCAAGAAUCGAUUCGCACGUGUCACGACUUCCAUCAACAUCGCGGCCCUGAUCGUUGGUAUCAUUCGCAACGUGCUUCUAUCCUUGUUCUGGUCGUCCAGUUUCCUCCAGUUCUACGCCUACUGGUCUGACGACUACGAGUUCGUCAACCACAACGACACCCGCAUCAGCAUCGCAGCCACGGCGUUCGCCAUCCCGCAGAUCGUACUCAUAUACGCAGCCCUCAUCACCCAGGCAUGGAGCAUGAUGAAGCUGUGGAGACCGUCUGUGAAAUGGGCCACUAUGGGUGUGUCUAUUGCCUUGAUUACCGUCGCCAUGGGAUUCCGAAUUGCCGGCUUCGUCUUCCAGAUUCGUCUGAUCACAGAGAUCUUCGACAUCUUCCCAUUGCUUUGGGUCCGCCAAGCCGGGCUUGCGUUGGAGACUGCUACCAUCAGCUGGUUCUGUUUCUUGUUCAAUGUACGGCUCAUCAUCCAUAUGUGGGUCAAUAGAAGCAUCCUCCCUACGGCAAAAGGUCUAUCGGCGAUGGAGGUGCUGGUCAUCACCAAUGGCGUGUUAAUGGUCAUUCCAGUUAUAUUUGCUGGCUUGGCCUUCUUCACCUACGAUUUCUUCGAGGCAGGUUCGGUGGUGUACACGGCAGUAAUUGUGCUCCUGCCACUGGGCACCCUCAUCGCGCAGCGCAUCUCAACGCCAUCGGCAUUCGCCUCUGCCCCAGUAGAUGUGCCCAGCCGCGUCUCCGACUCGACAAGCAAGCAGCCCUUCCUCAAGCGCUGGUCGAACAGCGAGUCGUACGGGAGCAGCCCCGCUAAGAGCGUCGUCCAUGUCCCGGGCAUCACCUCUCGUAUCUCCGGUGGACGCUCGAGCGAGAAGUUCGAUCCCAUUGGCGCAGAGCUGUCACAGAUUGAUGAUCUCGAGAGAGGGGUGAGGGUCGAUCGAGAAAUUGAGCAUCGUGAGGAGAGACUGUAG